UCUUUUACAAAAGGAUGUCAGCUCUGAGAGCCUGCGAAAAAUAACAGACUUCACCUUGGAACAGCUCAACACACUCGUGCAGCAUUCAAGCAGAUCUGAAGAGAAAGCAAAAAUCAAGCUCUAACACAGCCCCUCUUCAUGUCUACGUUGCAGAGAGAACAGUUUCAUGUUCCAGUGUAGGACUCAACCACUGAAAUACUUAAGAAGAAAUCCUAUCAUCAAAUAUUCAUGAACUGAAUUAUAAGAUGGAGCAACUUUAAUCACUUCCUGUCCUGCUGGUAUCACCUGAAUCUCUUUCACUUGUCUUAUUGGUUCAGGUAGAAAAUGAUGAGCUGGGUUCACCUACAGAGACAACUUGGGAUCUAAUGGCUGCCCCUGAGAUUCCAGCCAUGAACAAGGAUGUAGAUAUGGUCUGACCUCUGCUGAUGGGCAGUUAAAUCAUGGACAGACUAAAUGACCUACUUUGGACUGUCCUUCCAAAAGAUGCUUCGGCUUUCCUCCUGAAUGCACACUGAGCCUUUGCAGUCCACAAAGACAAGAAGGAGUGUGAACGGGAAGUGAUCUUUACAAUGAAAGUUACGAGCACAUCUUGCAUCUGCCCAGUCCUCGUGUGUCUCUGUUUCGUGCAGAGGUGUUAUGGAACAGCUCACCACAGCUCCAUCAAGGUUACCAGAAACCAAACCAAACACAUUGAAGGGGAGACGGAAGUCCACCAUCGUCCCAAGAGGGGAUGGGUAUGGAACCAGUUCUUUGUUUUAGAAGAACAUAUGGGACCAGAUCCACAGUAUGUUGGAAAACUGCACUCCAACUCCGACAAAGGUGACGGGUCUGUCAAGUACAUCCUUACUGGGGAAGGCGCUGGGACUAUAUUUAUCAUUGACGACACGACGGGUGACAUCCACUCAACCAAAAGCCUGGACAGAGAGCAGAAAACACACUAUGUUCUUCAUGCCCAGGCCAUUGACAGAAGGACAAACAAGCCUCUUGAACCUGAAUCCGAGUUCAUCAUCAAAGUGCAAGAUAUCAAUGACAAUGCUCCCAAGUUCACAGAUGGGCCAUACAUUGUUACUGUGCCUGAGAUGUCAGAUAUGGGUACCUCUGUUCUACAGGUGACAGCUACAGAUGCAGAUGACCCCACCUAUGGAAACAGCGCUCGUGUUGUUUACAGCAUCCUGCAAGGACAACCUUAUUUCUCUGUGGAUCCUAAAACAGGAGUCAUUAGAACAGCUUUACACAACAUGGAUAGAGAAGCCAGAGAGCAUUACUCAGUGGUCAUUCAAGCCAAAGACAUGGCUGGGCAAGUUGGCGGACUCUCAGGAUCCACAACUGUCAAUAUAACCUUGACUGAUGUCAACGACAACCCACCACGGUUCCCACAGAAACACUAUCAGCUGUAUGUUCCUGAGUCUGCUCAAGUUGGUUCAGCUGUUGGAAAAAUAAAGGCAAAUGAUGCAGACACAGGCUCAAAUGCAGAUAUGACUUAUUCUAUCACGAAUGGAGAUGGGAUUGGGAUAUUCUCUAUCUCCACAGACAAAGACACCAGGGAAGGAAUACUCUCCCUAAAGAAGCCACUCAACUAUGAAAAAAAGAAGUCUUACACACUCAACAUUGAAGGAGCAAAUACACACCUGGACUUCCGCUUUUCACACCUUGGUCCAUUUAAAGAUGCUACAAUGCUGAAGAUCAUUGUUGGGGAUGUGGAUGAACCACCACUCUUUUCUAUGCCUUCCUACAUCAUGGACGUCUAUGAAAAUGCCAAGAUUGGAACAAUUGUUGGCACCGUCUUGGCACAAGAUCCAGACAGUGCUAACAGCUUAGUAAGGUAUUUCAUCAAUCACAAUGCUGAAGAGGACAGAGUUUUCAAUAUUGAUGCCAAUACUGGAACCAUUAAGACUUCAAAAGUUCUUGAUAGAGAAGAAACACCAUGGUACAAUAUCACAGUGACUGCAUCAGAGAACGACAAUCCUGAUUUGCUGAGCCAUGUCUCCGUGGGCAUUAGAGUUCUCGAUGUCAAUGACAACCCACCCGAACUUGCCAGGGAAUAUGAUAUUGUUGUCUGUGAGAAUUCUAAGCCUGGUCAGGUUAUUCACACCAUCGCUGCCACUGAUAAAGAUGACUUUGCCAAUGGACCAAGGUUUAGUUUUUUCCUUGAUGAGCGCCUACCCAUGAACCCAAACUUCACACUCAAGGAUAAUGAAGAUAACACAGCCAGCAUUCUGACAAGGCGGAGGAGAUUUAGUCGAACUAUGCAGGAUGUGUAUUAUCUGCCCAUUAUGAUCUCUGAUGGUGGAAUCCCCUCUCUCAGCAGCAGCAGCACCCUCACCAUCAGGGUUUGUGCAUGCGAGAGAGAUGGGCGUGUGCGGACCUGCCAUGCAGAAGCCUUCCUGUCCUCCGCUGGUUUGAGCACAGGAGCCCUAAUCGCUAUUCUUCUCUGUGUUGUCAUUCUCCUUGCCAUUGUCGUCCUUUUCAUCACCCUGAGGCGCAGCAAAAAGGAGCCCUUGAUCAUUUCCGAGGAGGAUGUGCGGGAGAAUGUGGUCACCUACGAUGAUGAGGGAGGUGGGGAAGAAGACACUGAGGCUUUCGACAUCACAGCGUUGAGGAAUCCUUCCGCUGCAGAAGAGUUCAAAUACCGCAGAGACAUUCGGCCUGAAGUGAAGCUCAAUCCUAGACACCAGACGUUAUCCACUCUGGAGAGUAUAGAUGUUCAGGAGUUUAUUAAGCAAAGACUGGCCGAGGCAGACCUGGAUCCCAGCGUGCCCCCUUAUGACUCUCUUCAGACUUAUGCCUAUGAGGGUCAGAGGUCAGAAGCUGGGUCUAUCAGCUCCCUGGACUCAGCUACCACACAAUCAGACCAAGAUUAUCACUACCUUGGUGACUGGGGGCCGGAGUUUAAAAAGUUAGCAGAACUCUAUGGAGAGAUGGAAACUGAAAGAACAAAUUAGGCAGUCGAUCUUUUUUUGGAGCUUUGUAGUAUUUGUUUCCUGACCAAGUGGAGACAUGACCUCAAUAUGACAAGGAAGUCAAGCGGAAACAGUACUUGGAACUGAGCAAGCUGUACACAGCUCCUGUAGAAACAAGUGCCCUUUUUAUGAUCAAAUGUGGGUUAUUGGAUUGGAAGAAAGUCAAAUAUAAAAAAUACAGAGAAAAAAAAACUAUUGUUCCUUGUGUAUAUUUUCAAAUGCUCAAUAAAGUCUAUCGUACUGUUUAAUUAAGAAUAUCUGAACGAAGCCAAACAAUGAAUAUUUAUUUCACUAUGUUGUGAUUUCAUUUUCCUAAAACAAAAUUUAGAAAGGGGACUUAAUAUCGCUGUCAAAUCCCUACAGUGUAUGUAAUACGCUGCCCGUGGACGCAUACAGAGGUAGUCACAGCCUCCCUUGCUACUUUUCCGGGUGGACCUUUGAGACCAAUAGUCUGUCAGUGUGAGAAAUCCCAUUAUUGUCCUUUCCUUUAAUUACACAGGAUAUUCCCAGCCAACCAGGCAACUCUGUCAUGGAGUUGACUAUUUCAUUUUCCUCUGCCCUCCCCACUUGUUUUCUCCAUACAAAGCUGAUGGAGCACGGGGAUUUGCUGCCUGCACUCUAACAUAUGCAACUUCAGUGCACUGGUUACGCACUGUUCUCAGCAAGGAGACCGAGGUCUCUGUCCUGUCAAUCAUUCUCUAUGUUAACAGGGGGCGCUCUGAUUUUAAAUCGAUGGAAUGAAUAGACUCCAGUAAUCAGAUAUGUCAGGGAAGUUUUGACUUAAAAAUGAGUUGCAAACCUUGUCCUCUAUAAAACAUUGAAAAUGUUCCAUUGCUUUUCUCUCGCUCUUUUGAUCCCUGUUCACUUCACUACAUUUAUAUCUGAAAUCGAUUAUCAUAAUUUUUGUAGACUCGUUUACACUUCCGCAUAGUUCACGUAAUUCCAUCAUAGGUAUUCAUCAAUGUUAGUCGCAUGGUUUGUCGGAUCACUUUGUGGUUUAUCCUAUUGUUUAGCCACCUUCGUCCUUCAUGUGGGUUCAGAUUUUCUCAUGUCCCCUGCAUAGUAAUUGCACAUGUGGUGUUUACAGGAAAAUGUGUAGGAACAGGCCAAAGAAAUCGAGGAAUCGUGCAGAUGACCCCUGAACAGAUCUCCCAGAGUCUCUGAAUGUCGGGAUCCUAAAGUGCAGUGUAGACAAGGCAAUGACGUUCCUGCCUACCUCACAGGGCUGUUGUGAGGACAAAUUAGGCAUUGGAGAGCCACUUCACCAAGUGCAACGAACGUAUCCUGCUAUCUGAAAACUUGCACACAGCUAAUUUAUCAAUACCCAUUAGUUUCCAAAUAUAUAUUUGCAUACAUUUUACUAGAUAAUGAUUUAUGAUGAGAAAAUUUUAUGAAACCUUCAAGAGUCAAGCUUUUGUUAACAUAAAUAUGUAAUAACAAAUCUAAUAAUUUUAAUAUUUUCCAAAUAAUCUCAUUUUCUUUAUAACUUCUUGGGGCUUUUUAAAUUUUUUAAAAGAAUAUUCCUUUCUUUUGUUUUGGGGGCUUUAUGUAAAAAAUAUAGAGCAUUAAGGUACUACUCUUCAAAAUUACCUCAUCUAUGUAUUCCUAGUAAAUCAGAAUUUUUAAACAUAUGAGAUAUAAAGUAUUUGAAGGAAUAGAUGUUUUUCAUUUAACCUUUAAAUUUAUUAGAGUAUAAUGUCCCCAAAAGUUAUAUGACAUUUUCUGAUUCCACCCUUGUGCAAACUUUGGGACUGUGCCUCUGUUUGAAUCUGCCUUGUGUUGUCAUGUUCCAGUUUUGAGGUUUGGGAACUGAGUUUAAUUUGAAUAAUUCUCAGUUUGUGUUCUAAG